AUGGCUCCACCGGGCGGAAGGACUUUUGCUGCCCUUAGGGCGACUGGAGACGGUCUGAGGCACUCCUCUGGGCGGGACACACAGCAGGCAGCAGGCGAGGCCACGAUGGCCUCAUUAAGCUGGCAGGUAGGCAGUGCCCUGGUGAUGGCGACGGCGGCGGCGGCGGCGGCAGGCCGUCCUGGAAUGUGUGAGAGGCGUGAUGACAGCAGCUGCUACCUGCCUCUUUGCGCAACACCUGCGCUAUGUAUACCAAGCGUGCUGCGUUUUACCUGGGUGUCUUCUUCAGUCCAUUACCUGAGACAGGGGCGCUGGUCCCAAGAGAAGCAGCUUGAGCUGAGGGGUGGCAAGGGUGAGGAGGGGAGUGGCCGGCAGCUCCAGAGCAUGCUGGACUGGUCCGUUGGCAGUGUCAAAACAAUGGCUCCUUGGCCUGAGGUGGAAAAUGCCCAGCCAGACUCCAAAAAAUACAUUGAAGAGGUCACUAGUCAGCAGUCCGCCCCACAUGAAAAAGGUGAAGAGACUGCUAAAAAUGCACCCAAGAACCCUCUAACCAAGAUGAAACUUCUGCCUUCGUAUUCCAGUAUGGCACUGAUUGAAGACCUCCCAGAGGUGGAAGACCCAUGGGACAUACCUGCACUUAAGGACAUGGGGAUCAAGUGGUCAGAGAGAAACACCAAAGAGAAGAUUCUAUGUGUAUUUCAAGGAAUUGGAAAAUUCAUUUUCCUUCUGGGAUUUCUCUACUUGUUUGUGUGCUCCUUGGAUGUCCUCAGCAGUGCCUUUCAGCUGGUUGGAGGAAAAGUAGCCGGGCAGCUCUUCAGCGACAACUCUAUCCUGUCCAACCCUGUGGCAGGGCUGGUGAUUGGGGUGCUGGUGACCAUAUUGGUGCAGAGCUCCAGCACCUCCUCGUCCAUCAUCGUCAGCAUGGUUGCCUCCUCACUGUUGACUGUGCGGGCUGCCAUCCCCAUCAUCAUGGGUGCCAACAUUGGAACCUCCAUCACCAACACCAUUGUGGCAUUCAUGCAGGCUGGAGACCAGAAAGAGUUCCGAAGGGCUUUUGCAGGUGCCACUGUCCAUGACUUCUUCAACUGGCUGUCUGUGUUCGUGCUCUUGCCCCUUGAGGCUGCCACACAUUACCUGGAGGUACUGACCAACCUUGUCUUGGAGAGCUUCCAUUUCAAGAAUGGUGAAGACACCCCGGAACUUCUGAAAGUCAUCACAGAUCCCUUCACAAAGCUCAUUAUCCAGCUGGAUAAAAAAGUUAUCAACCAAAUUGCGAUGAAGGAUGAAACAGCCCAAAACAAGAGUUUGGUCAAGAUUUGGUGCCAGACUUUUACCAACAUGACUGAGAUGAAUGUCACUGUCCCCUCGCCAGAGAACUGCACUUCCCCUUUCCUCUGUUUCACGGAUGGUCUCCAAUUCUGGGCCACGAAGAAUGUGACCUACAAUGAGAACAUCGCCAAAUGUCAGCACAUCUUUGUGAAUUUCAACCUCCCGGAUGUUGCCAUUGGUAUUAUCUUGCUGAUAAUCUCCCUGCUGGUCCUCUGCACCUGCCUGGUCAUGAUUGUCAAACUCCUCAACUCUGUGCUUAAGGGGCAGGUUGCUUUUGUCAUCAAGAAGACCCUCAACACUGAUUUCCCCUUUCCCUUUGCCUGGUUGACUGGCUACUUGGCCAUCUUCGUGGGGGCAGGAAUGACCUUCAUCGUGCAGAGCAGCUCUGUGUUCACUUCUGCCAUGACCCCGCUAAUUGGCAUCGGUGUGAUAACUCUUGAGAGGGCAUACCCACUCACGCUGGGCUCCAACAUUGGCACCACCACCACUUCCAUCCUGGCUGCUUUAGCCAGCCCAGGCAAUACUAUGAAGAGUUCACUCCAGAUUGCCCUGUGCCACUUCUUCUUCAACGUCUCUGGCAUCUUGCUGUGGUACCCGAUACCACUCACCCGCCUGCCUAUCCGCCUGGCCAAGGGACUGGGCAACAUCUCUGCCAAGUAUCGUUGGUUCGCCAUCUUCUACGUGGUCUUCUUAUUCUUCCUUGUCCCACUGACAGUGUUUGGCCUUUCACUGGCUGGCUGGCAAGUGCUAGUGGGUGUGGGCAUGCCCAUCAUCUUCCUGCUGCUGCUGGUGGUGUUCAUCCAGCUCCUGCAGUCUCACUGCCCGCACAUCCUGCCCCACAAGCUCCAGAACUGGAAUUUCCUGCCCCUGUGGAUGCACUCACUGAAGCCCUGGGACCACCUCAUCUCCCUGCUUACCAGCUGCUGCCAGAGUUGCUGCUGCUGCUGCUGCCAUCUAUGUUGCGUGCUGUGUGGCUGCCCCAAGUGCUGCCGCUGCAACAAAUACUUAGAGGACCUGGAGGAGGGACAGGAGUACUCUAAAGACACCCCCAUCAAGACCCCCAAUGCCUUUGAUAACAUGGCCAUAAGCAAAGAGUCCCAGGAUGAGGUCAAGUUCCAAGUCGAUACCAUGGGUGCAAAGACCAUCUCCAGCAGCACAGCCUUUUAG